GGCCACAGCGCAUCACCAGCAAUGCAGAGCUGCCGGCUGCUCGCCACAGUUUCCAGCAGCCCUUGGGUACCGCAGGGGCUGGAGUGGCCAGGAGGAGGAAUUUCCAUUCACUGGUUGCCCUUUAUCAAUAUCUCUGGUUGGUUCUUUCCCUGGGGAGAGUCCAGAGCUGUCAUGGAAAGCCUGGUCGGGGGAUAUAUCACACUGAGCUGCAGGGAGGAGAGGCAGGUAGCUCUCGGCGGCCACGAGUCAGCAAGAGCUGCCAGCUGCUGGUUGCUGACCGAGCCCUGGGUUGGACAUGAAGUUCUUCUCCUUGGCCCUGCUCACCCUGCUGCUGGUGGAUCUCUGGAUUGGAAGCCAGGGUGCCUCCUUCCGCAGCCACUACAGCACAUGCUGCUACAAGGAGAUGUUCAUCCAGCAGAAAAUCCCAGCUUUCCUCAUCAGGAGCUACCAGAAGACACCUUCCCACUGCUCCCGCAAGGCUGUGCGUGUGGAGCUGCUGAAGGGGAAGAAGUUCUGUGUGGACCCGGAGGAGAGCUGGUUCCAGCAGUACCAGCGGCAGAAAGAGUCACCCAGUGCCUCCACAUGAAGCUACCUUCCCAUUAAGCUUUAUUUAUUUGCAUCCCAUAAUUACCUUUAUGUUUCCAUCUUGUUAAGCUAUGGACCCGGCUCCAUCCCCUCCCCUGCUGUCACCUCCUCUACACUACUGUACAUCCCUUGAUGGGUUUAAUAAAAUGCUAUGUUCUGA